CCCCCCCUCCUCCUCUCCCCCCACCCCCUACAUCACUCCGCGCACUUCACUUCACUGACACACGACAACUUUCCAACAGGAAACCUUACUUUGACGAUACCGCCUGACGUUUUUCUCCCUCUUUGCUGCUGGGUGUUUUUGGGGCCUAGUGCUCGGACCCAGCCAUGAGCAUCAUCGGGGCUGAGGACGAGGACUUUGAGAAUGAUCUGAAUGACGUGGUGGAGGACGAGUGCAAGUGUUUCGGCAGCAUCGAGCUUCUGAAAGAUCGUCCAACGCACCUGCUGGUGUUCAUGCAUCAUGUCAUCCUCCAGUUUGACCCCGCUCCACUGCUGUGUUACCUCCAUGCUGAACUACUGAAGACCCUCAAUGCCAAAGAAACCAAGAAACAGUUUGUGGAGUUCCACAACACAUUCAUGGACAAAGGGGCAAUCCUCCGAGUUGCAGUGCCACCUCCCAUAGCCACUGAACUGGACCGGACCCGCCCGGAUAUGCUGUCCGAUGACGUCCAAAAACGUUUUGCCUACGAGGUCCAGUUCAUGCAGGCCGUCGAAGUGGCCAAACAGCUUGAAGACUUCAGGCAGAAGAGGAUGAUGGGAAUGACGCCCAACGAGGCCGAGCUAAUCGAUGUGGAGAACCAUCAUUCCACAGACCGCAUCCCCAUGGAGAUGAAGGAGAAGUCUGUCGCCGAGAACCUGCUUGACAAGAUGUCUGAGACACAACCCACGAUCGUCUCGGAUGAGGAGAAAUGCCAAUCCAUCUUCUCGGCGGUGGCCUACUACAUGAAACACCUCGGGGUGAAAACCAGAGCAGUGGACAGUAAAAAGUCCAGAGGAGGCUUCUUCCGCAGACAGCUGGUCAAGAGUAAGAAGGAUGAGUCCACCAAGACCAAGCCCAGGGGGGGCUUUCCAGGCAUCCCCAGCUGGAUUGCAGGCAACCCUGAGGUCAAACCUAAAAUGGAAGCUGAAGCGGACAAGGAGAAAGGCAGUCAGGAGCGUAAGGGUCCCACGCCCUCCCGAGGAUCCUUUGCUGACCCCGUGGCGCCCUCCCUCCCCAGCAGGAAGUCGGGUUCCAGCGGAGGCUCCACCCCUCUGCCAGCAUUAGAGGUCACGGAUGGCUCGGGCGGCAACGCCAGCAUCAGCAACAGCCCGGAGUCUUUGCACCCUGAUGGUCUUUCUAGCAACCGUUUAGAGCCGCCGGCCUUAUCCGACCGGGGAGACGUGUCCCCCGUCGGUCUCGGAGGCUCGCCGGCCGUCGGGGAGCCCUUCUCGACCGGUGACAGCCUCACGGAGGAGACUUUGGAGAAAGACAGCAAUGAAGGACCCAUUCAACCCCAGGAGGGCUCCGGGUCCUCGCCCGCCAGCCCCGCCCCUCAGCCGGAGGAGAUGGAGCCACGCCUCCUGGAGUUUGAGCAAGACCCGCCCAACUGGAGGGAGCUGGCCUCCCCGGAAGCUCUGUCCAGCCUCAGCAAGAAGGAGACCAAGAGGCAAGAGGUCAUCAACGAGUUGUUUGCCACCGAGCACGCCCACGUGCGCAUGCUAAGUGUCCUUCAGAUGAUCUUCUCCAGGCCUUUGGAGAGAGAGGAGCUGCUGACCGCCACAGAGCUGGCGGCCAUCUUCCCCAACCUGGACGAGAUCAUUGAAAUGCACUAUAACUUCUACGAGAAUCUGAAGAAACUGCGCCUGGAGGACAACUUUAUCGUCAAGUCCAUCAGCACCACAGUACUCAACAGAUUCGAGGGCACGGAAGGCGAAUGGUUCCAGAAACUGACAGCCCGCUUCUGCAGUCACCAGUCGUGGGCCCUAGACCAGAUCAAGAGCCGGCAGAAGAAAGAACCUCGCUUCAACUCGUUCAUACAGGAGGCGGAGAGCAAGCCUCAGUGUCGGAGGCUGCAGCUGAAGGACAUUAUUCCCUUUGAGAUGCAGAGGCUCACCAAGUAUCCACUGCUGCUGGAGAACAUUGCAAAGAGCACUGAGGAUCGGAAUGAGAAGGAGCGAGUCCAUCAGAGUGCGGAGUGCUGCAGAAAGAUCCUCAACCAUGUCAAUGACGAGGUCAAAGAUAUGGAGAACCUUCUGAUACUAAAGGAAUACCAGCGUCGACUGGACACAUCGGGACUAAAGCCCAGUAAUGAUCUUUAUACAGAAUAUAAAAACAUCGACCUGACACACAAGAAAAUGCUGUUUGAAGGUCCUCUGACUUGGAAGGUCACCAAAGAGAAGGCUUUCGAGGUCCAUUGUGUCCUGCUGGGAGACCUGCUGGUGCUCCUGCAGAAGCAGGACGACAAGAUGGUCCUUAAGUGUCAGAGCAAAAGCACCAUCGCGAACCAGGAGGGCAAGCAGAUGCUGAGCCCCAUCAUAAAGCUGGACUCCGUUUUCCUACGCGAGGUGGCCACAGAUCGAAAGGCCUUUUACGUGAUAUUCACCUGGGACAGCGGCGCUCAGAUCUAUGAGCUGGUUGCUCAAUCCUUUGGCGAGAGGAAAAUGUGGACUAAUGUGAUCAAGUCGGCCGUGGAUGAUCUGAAGAAGAGCGUAGCGCCCAUGAGGCCGACGCUGCCCCCUGGAAGCGGAGGAGCUUCGUUCAGUCACCCGGGGCUGACGGCGCCCCUCAGCCCCACGGAGAAUGGCGGUUUGAAAAGCAGCGGCGAUCGAGAUAAGGACAGCUUGACGGAUGACAAAUCAUCCGAUCCGAGGCACUCGCUGAUCGACUUCCUGUCGGACAAAGGCUUCGACUUGCUGGGCCACUCCAACAGCGAUCACGAGAAGGUGGCCGCCAACGCUUUGGGGGAAGUCACGAUGCUAAAAAGGCUGAUGGUCGGAAGCAUCAGUCUGUCGGAGGGCUUUCAACCGGAGGAAGAGAACGGAGAUGAGCCGAGUCUCGAAAUGUAUAGCUGUCAAUCAACAGAAGAAGGUCAGGCCACGGAGCGAGGCCGGGAGGAAGAAAAGGAAGGCAGGGGAGCGAAAAAAGACAGAGACGGCCUCCCUUCAGAGAGCGCCCGGCUGGUUCUGUCCCACGAGAGGUUGGCGGAAGUGUGCCGAAGCCUCCUCAGUCUGGAGGCGCAAAUAAAGAGACUCCAGACGGUAGAAGAGGAUCACCACAGGCUGCAGGAGGCCCUGUCCAAGUUCUCCCUGGAGGGCGGUAACUUUGCCUGAGACGCCAUCACGCCACCUGCUGGCCACUAGACUGCUACCGGUGCUGGUUUGGAGUGCUUUCCAGGAACUUCCUCAAGCUCUGCCUUCAAAAGAAAACGCUGUCGAGGAAAAUCGUUUUUUUUGCGGCCAGUGCAGUGGUUCACUGAUAGAACGUGGGAUGUGUGUGUGCGUGUGUGUGCGUACGCUUGAUAGAGGAUUACAAAGAAGAAGAAGAAAAAGCGACCGUGAUGUUGUUUUUCUUUCCGGGGUGCCAAAAACAAGCAAUACUCUGCGAGACAUGCUGCCUUCAUAAGAUGUAGUUAUUAGCCGUAACACGCAUACCGUAUUUCCUUGAAUUGGCGCAGGGAAUAUAGUAUUCGCACGUCUACAAUUACUGCAAACUCGUUUCUCAAAAUAAUUAACGCAUGCUUGGCCUUAUCGCCGGUUCAUUAUUGACGCCGGAUCAAAAUUGUUUCGCAAAAUAUUAAUUUUAUUAUCGCAUGUCUAUAAUUUUCGCCGGAUCAAAUUCGUUUCGCAAAAUAUUAAUUUUAUUAUCGCAUGUCUAUAAUUUUCGCCGGGUCAAACUCGUUUCGCAAAAUAUUUAGCAUAUGGCUAGAACUUCCACCGGGUCAAAUUCGUUACGUCACAAGUGACUGUCCUCAUUUUCAAAAUGGAGGAAGCUGCUUUCAGUAGUUUACAAUCGCACAAAGGAAAAAAGAUAAAGAGCUAUUCAGUAGGAUUUAAGGUCCAAGCUAUUGAAUACCGGUACAGUAUGCUAAAAAGAACAGUAAGCAGCUAUGUUUUAUUAAUAUACCGUAGCUGCGUGUGUUAAAUACUGUAUGAGUCAUCAAAUGACUCCCGCCUCCUGGUGGUAGAGGGCGCUGCCGCGCUAGUGAUCCUUCUUGCGACUUCCGGUACUGCAGAAGAAGUGAACACACGCAGCAAGAGAUUUUUUUUUUUAAACAUGGAGGAUUACAUACUGGCAUCUAAAAUAAAACAGUUUUCUAAAGUGGACUUUCAAUGGAAGCAGGAGGUAAUAAUUAAAGGAAUAUCUCCAUCGAGACAGAGAGACUUUUAAAACGGAAGAAAGAAAAUAAGGAAGACUUCUAUAAACAAGUUAUCGAUGCUUUUGGUCAGAAGGAGCUGCAAAUGGACUCCAUUUAUAAGUACAGGUAAGACCAUAAUAAGGUUUUUUUUUAUUAAAUGUGCUUUUCAUGAUGGUAAUGCUUACAUCACACUCAAACCGCACGCCUAAAUUUAUUUGGUAAACGCCGGAGUGAGAAGAGGGUUUUAAAAUAAUUACCGCAUGCACGGCCAUCCCGCCGGUUUCCGGUAAACGCUGGAGUGACAGGAGGUUUGUAAAUUAAUUAACAUCCCUGCGCUAUUUCAAGGAAAUACGGUAUGCACAACGCUGUUGCCAAACCGAACAUGACGAGGCUGCCCUUAGCGAGCCUCCCUGCUGUUAUUUCUAUGCCAAAAUGCAACAGAACACUUUUGCUGCGGUGCAAAACACACUUUUACUCAAUUCUUCAGUCGUUUUUGAAGGCGACGCAUGUGCAUAGGUGUGUUACCUUUUUUUUUUUUUUUUUUGUAUUGUAAUGAGGUCACUAGGAAAACAUUUAUAAAUAGUCGGCGAAAAAUCUGUUAAUAUUGGAGACUUGCUGUUUGUAUUUACUGUUAUUUAUUCCUUUUUGGAGUUUAGUGGCCUCCUGGAGCACUGGGCCCCACCCCACCCCCCCCCCCCCACCCGCCGAGAGACGAAGGCUAACAUAGAAGGUGAAGCAGGCGGGCAGCAGCGGCCACGAACGUAGCGAGACGGUGAGAUUUAGAGUGUUGGAAUAAAUGUGAGCGUACGGUAGGUAGUUAACGUACAGUAGGUAGUUACAGUGACUGAUGAAGGGGCUCAGUGCUGCGCCAGUUCGCGCUAACGAUGCGAUUCGCUUAAAGGAUGGGCUCAGAAAGACUGCUUUAUUUUUACUCCAUGACAAUAUAAUCUCUUCAACUGUGGCCGAGCUUGCAUGCAGGACCAAAACGUGCAGUUAAUUAAGCUUAUUAUUAUUAUUAGAGUGCUUGUUGUUAUUGCAUGCCAGCUCUUUACCGUCGCCAAACUACAACAACAAAAAUAGCAAAAAAUUACCGUAUUUUUCGGAGUAUAAGUCGCUCCGGAGUAUAAGUCGCACCGGCCGAAAAUGCAUAAUAAAGAGGGGGAAAAAACAUUUAUAAGUCGCAUUUUUGGGGGAAAUUUAUUUGAUAAAAGCCAACACCAAGAAUAGACAUUGGAAAGGCAAUUUAAAAUACAUAAAGGCUGAAUAAGUGUACGUUAUAUGAGGCAUAAAUAACCAGCUGGUAUGUUAACGUAACAUAUUAUGGUAAGAGUCAUUCAAAUAACUAUAACAUAUAGAACAUGCUAUACGUUUACCAAACAAUCUGUCACUCCUAAUCGCUAAAUCCCAUGAAAUCUUAUACGUCUAGUCUCUUACGUGAAUGAGCGAAAUAAUAUUAUUUGAUAUUGUUUUGUUCUCGUUGAGAUUGGAUCAACAGCGCCUCUGCUGGUUGCAGCCAAGUAGUGCAUUCCAGUUUUCCCUCAACGGCUUCAAUGCAAAGAUUAAUCUCCAGAAAUUGCCCUUGUAAAGAAAAAUAACAAAUGUAAAAUAUUUCAAAAUGACCAAACUUGUUAGCAAAUUUGUUUUGAUUUUAUGCCUAUUAUUUUUUUUGUGUCGUACCAACAAAGACACUUGUUUGACGACAGCGCCACCAUGUGGUGUAUUUGUCCAAAUUUUAAAAAAAUGAUGGCAAAUGUUCAGUCACACCUUAAGUGUUACCCAAACAAACUCAGACCGCCAGAGUCGCGAGUCGACAAAAAACACGUACAAUUUUAAAAAUGAACUUUUCCAAAAGACAGUUCAAACGUGUGUAAUAUGGGACGUACUCGCUAUGACGGCUUGUUGUAAAAAUGAUAUUAGAAGACAUGUUUUCUUGUGUUGUACACGCAUUAGAUGACAAGUUGCAUAAUUGUCAUUUGAUUUAUGGAGCAGGUCAAAAGUUUACACACGACCGUCCCGUUACUUUGCCAAAAUAGUUGUCUUUUAUCCAAAAAAAAACAAAUAUAUACGGUAUUUUUCGGAGUAUAAGUCGCACCGGAGUAUUAGAUUUGAUUUUGAUAUUUUUUUUUACUUUACUUUACUUUACUUUUAUUAGUCGUACCUGCCGAAAAUGCACAAUAAAGAAGGAAAAAAAACAUAUAUAAGUCGCACUGGAGUAUAAGUCGCAUUUUUGGGGGAAAUUUAUUUGAUAAAAGCCAACACCAAGAAUAGACAUUUGAAAGGCAAUUUAAAAUAAAUAAAGGCUGAAUAAGUGUACGUUAUAUGAGGCAUAAAUAACCAACUGGUAUGUUAACGUAACAUAUUAUGGUAAGAGUAAUUCAAAUAACUAUAACAUAUAGAACAUGCUAUACGUUUACCAAACAAGCUGUCACUCCUAAUCGCUAAAUCCCAUGAAAUCUUAUACGUCUAGUCUCUUAUUGUUUUGUUCUCGUUGAGAUUGGAUCAACAGCGCCUCUGCUGGUUGCAGCCAAGUAGUGCAUUCCAGUUUUCCCUCAACGGCUUCAAUGCAGAGAUUCAUCUCCAGAAAUUGCCCUUGUAAAGAAAAAUAACAAAUGUAAAAUAUUGCAAAAUGACCAAACUUGUUAGCAAAUUUGUUUUGAUUUUAUGCUUAUAAUUUUUUUUGUGUCGUACCAACAAAGACACUUGUUUGACGACAGCGCCACCAUGUGGUGUAUUUGUCCAAAUAAAUAAAAAAUGAUAGCAAAUGUUCAGUCACACCUUAAGUGUUACCCAAACAAACUCAGACCGCCAGAGUCGCGAGUCGACAAAAAACACGUACAAUUUUAAAAAUGAAAUUUUCCAAAAGACAGUUCAAACGUGUGUAAUAUGGGACGUACUCGCUAUGACGGCUUGUUGUAAAAAUGAUAUUAGAAGACAUGUUUUCUUGUGUUGUACACGCAUUAGAUGACAAGUUGCAUAAUUGUCAUUUGAUUUAUGGAGCAGGUCAAAAGUUUACACACGACCGUCCCGUUACUUUGCCAAAAUAGUUGUCUUUUAUCCAAAAAAACAAAUAUAUACAGUAUUUUUCGGAGUAUAAGUCGCACCAGAGUAUUAGAUUUGAUUUUGAUUUUUUUUUUUACUUUACUUUACUUUACUUUUAUUAGUCGCACCUGCCGAAAAUGCACAAUAAAGAAGGAAAAAACAUAUAUAAGUCGCACUGGAGUAUAAGUCGCAUUUUUGGGGAAAUUUAUUUGAUAAAAGCCAACACCAAGAAUAGACAUUUGAAAGGCAAUUUAAAAUAAAUAAAGGCUGAAUAAGUGUGAGUUAUAUGAGGCAUAAAUAACCAACUGGUAUGUUAACGUAACAUAUUAUGGUAAGAGUCAUUCAAAUAACUAUAACAUAUAGAACAUGCUAUACGUUUACCAAACUAUCUGUCACUCCUGAUCGCUAAAUCCCAUGAAAUCUUAUACGUCUAGUCUCUUACGUGAAUGAGAUAAAUAAUAUUAUUGGAUAUUUUACGGUAAUGUGGUAAUAAUUUCACACAUAAGUCGCUCCUGAAUAUAAGUCGCACCCCCGGCCAAACUAUGAAAAAAACUGCGACUUAUAGUCCGAAAAAUACGGUAAAUAUAAGAGACAGCGAAUGUCUGCAAUACUCAAUUGAACAAUAUUUCUCAUAUUGGGGAGUUAAAGUGCAAAAAACAACAACAACUUACAAUGACAAUUGGGAUCCAUUUAAAAAAAUCUUAAUUAGGAAAAAAAUAAGUAUUUAAGACGCUUGGCUGUGUCUCGCUCUCUCGGUCCAAUCGGUGUCCGCUAUGCAAAUGAGCUGGUGAGGUUAGAUCGGUGCCUUUUUUUAUUCUGUCAAUCACUUCUCUGCUAGGGAGCCAUCGAGUGGAUGAAACAAGCAGAUAUUAAAUAUAAAUAUGCCUUCUAAUGUGACACACAGUGGCUUACAUUAGAAGUUAUUCAGCAGCUUCCUGGUGUCCGAUUUCAAAAUAAGACACCGCUCUUUGCCAUGUAGGCUUUACCUUGUCGCUAUCUAUUAGCAAUUAAUAUGCAAGUGAGAAAUAUACUGUGUAUUUUGGGUUGUGAUUUUAUUCAGGCUGUUUAUUGAUGUGUACUUAAAGAAAUCAAAUAUUGUGGUACGUUUUUUGUUUUUUUUUAGUUCCUUUUUUUUUGUUUUUUAAAUAAAUUGGGGAAAUGAGUA